AUGCUCCGAUUUUGGCGACAGUUGAGAUCCCCUUCGCCAGCAACCAUAUUUCUCCGACUCAGCUGCUCCCCUCUGCGCAGGCUAUUAGACAUGGCACACGAGCCUUGCCCAAUUUCACUACAUACCCUCCCAGACGACUCAUCCGAAGGGACAUAUUCGAAAGGGCCCACUCCAUGCAAUGAUCUUUAUUCUUAUACAGGUGGAAGGUGGCUUAAUCGGGACGAGCUCGAACGGAACUCUCGCCAGAUUCAGUUCGACUUCACUGCGCUCUGUGACAGGGCUAUUCGCGUAAGUCCUGGAGCAACCAAGGUUGUUGGGUAUGAAAAGCGAGAGGGUGGGUUCAAUAGAGUCUUUAUUUUCGCAAUGGACAAUGGUUCUCGUGUUGUUGCAAGGUUGCCGACCAGUAUUUCGGGCGCACCAAAGUUAACAACCAACUCUGAAGUCGCAACUAUGACAUAUUUGAAAACCAAGCUCUCGCUUCCGAUACCGAAAAUCCUAGACUGGAAUGAUGAUCAGUCAAAUCCAAUCGGCGCAGAGUAUAUCAUCCAGGAGCAUGUAAUGGGUGUCCAGUUGCACCAAAUGUGGCCCAAAAUGAAUUCAGAACAACAUAUGCUUUGCACAAAGACGCUUUCAUUGGCAAUUAAAAAGAUGGCAUCCCUGGACUUCCCAGCUUAUGGUAGCCUAUACUUCUCAGAUGCGCCGAUAGACCCGAACAGGAAGGUCCCCUUCGAGCAAGGCUUCUGUAUUGGGCCGAAUUGCAGUCCUGUUUUCUGGAAUCGGAAUCCAGGGGAACUUGAACUCUACGGUGGUCCAAGCCCUAACUGCGGUCCCUGGAAAGACCUUACAAGCUAUUAUCUAGGCUUGAUAGAAACCGGCUUCUCGCGGUUACCGAAGGAACCCGUCACCCACGAGCUGCUUCCUCAUCAAGGGUCGGUUGAAGAUCACAUUCGUUUAUUAAAAAUCAGCGAAGAAAUGAUGCAGAGGUUGGUUGAAGACAAACGCAUACAGGACGCUGCUACUCCAACUCUGCUUCAUCCCGAUUUUCACAUGAGGAAUAUUUUUGUGUCAGCCGAGGAACCAACUCUCAUUACUGGCCUAAUUGACUGGCAAUCUACAAGCAUUGAGCCUGCUUUUAUUUACGCCAACGAGACGCCCGAUUUCGCUGCGCUCCCCGAAGAAAUGGGCGAAGACCCAUUCAAGAGCGGACAUUCCGAGGAAAAGCCUCCUGGCUGUAAGGAACGAGAGUUGAAAGAUGCAUUAAUUUGUUAUCAGACAUAUGAUGUGUGCAUGAAGGGACUUGCACCUAAGUUACGCCCUGCAAGACUACUUGACCCGUCUUUGUUUCGACUCUUCCAAUACUGUCACACGACAUGGAGGGACAGUGCCGCAGCACUCCGCCAAGAAUUAAUUGAGCUUUCAGCUCGCUGGACAGAACUGGGACUACAGGGAGCUUGCCCAUUUUCUCCGACCGAAAAGGAGGUGAAGGAGCACGCUCGAGAGUAUGAAGAUUUUGAAACGUUCCAAAAACUUAAAUUAUGGCUAAAACACUCCCUCCAUACAAACUCCGAUGGGUGGGUUUCGAAUGAUAAAUGGGACGCCGCGAAAGAUGCUCAUCGCGCAGCGUAUGACCAAUGGAUGCAGACGGCCAGAGAAUCUGAGUCUCGUGGCGAGGGUCUAACAGUGGCAAAAGCGGACAAACUGUGGCCAUUUGAUGCUAGAUAA